UUCUGACCUUUUUAAGUACGUAUAAAUAAGUACUUUUUAAUUGCCACGAAGUUUGCAAUCAUUAGAUGCUAUAAACACUUCAAUUGUAUUUGACGUAUUUUAAACAUUUUGUGUAUAAUGCCUGUAGAUGUGAUAGAGUUCGGCCUUGGGGGCGCUGCAGCUGCCUGUGCAGUCCUGUUCACUAACCCACUAGAAGUCGUCAAGACUCGGUUCCAGCUGCAGGGAGAGCUGAAGGCAUUGGGCACCUACCAGCGUCACUACAGAAAUGUCUUCCAUGCCUUCUAUACCAUAGGUCGCUAUGACGGUCUCCUAGCCCUGCAGGCUGGGCUGCCUCCAGCCAUCAUCUACCAGAUACUGCAGAAUGGGACCCGUCUUGGAACCUACCAGAGUUUAAUAGACAUGGGACUAACGAAGAACAAAGCUGGGCAGACUAGCUUACCCAAGACGAUGUUAGCCGCAGGAGUUGCAGGUUACGCUGGAGCUUUCGUCAGCAGCCCAUGUACCUUGGAAAGUCUUGCUCUGUGUUGCCCCUCUCAUAUAAAGACGCAAAUGCAACCCCAGUCGCGUGAAGUCAUAGCCGUGGGACACCAACAUACGCACUCAGGUUGGCGGCAAGGUUUGAAGAGGAUAUACGUAGAGGGCGGGGCGAAGGGUUUCUGGCGAGGUGUCAACGCACAAACGAUGAGGAACGGAAUCGGCUCGGUUGCACAACUUACUUCUUUCUCUCGGACUAAGGAUUUCGUCACAAAAACAGAGCUUUUUCGUCCCGGAAGCAUUUUUAUCCCGAUCAUCGCCAGCAUGGUGGCUGGUGCCGCUAACGUCGUCGUCAUGACACCCUUAGACGUCAUCAGCACCCGGAUGUACAACCAAGGCAUAGACGAACGAGGGAAAGGACUCUACUACCGAGGGGUGUGGGACUGUGCUACAAAGAUCUGGAGGAAAGAAGGUCUAGUGGGCUUCUAUAAGGGUUGGUCCGCCUCUUGGUUUCGCCUGGCACCACAAACUGUUCUCAGUCUGUCGUUCUGGGACCUUGGACGAAAACUUUACUACCGAAACUUCGACAAAAAUCAAUCAACAUAGAAAAUGACUUUACCUAUGAUUAUGACUAUGAAACAAAAGUUUUUUUCUAAGUCAUAGGAAGAAUCUACUUGCAAAGAACUAAUUAGUUCGACAUGAAGGUGUCUCUUUCUGGACCUCUAUUGUUGAAAUGCUAUGUCUGUGAACACAAGUUGAUGCCCAUAAGACAACAUGAUUUAUAAGUAUAACAUGUACGUGUGUGAGAAGAUGAUUGGCUGAUAUGAAACUCGGGGGUUCCCCCUACUGACCUCAUUGGUAUCAUCAUUGUGGUAUCUAAUGUUUCGAUCAAGGAGGCGGCACUGGUCUCAGCGGAAUUAACAGAAUGAAACAGAAGCCUCAUUGUCUUCAUAAAUUAAUAUGUUAUGUUAUCUUCGUAUAAUCAUGUUUCCUCUCUCUCUCUCUCCUCUCUCUUUCUCUCUCUCACUA